GACCAAUUAAAUGAGCGCCACGAUCACACACACACCGCGGAGUUUGGAUAUAAAUACGAAUGCCUUACGGAUUUAAUUUGUAGUGAGGUAAUAAAAUAUAUUACCACGAAAUCAACUCUGAGAUACUUUUGCCAAAAAGUGCCGAUCUACUACGGAGCAAGCCGUACAUAUCGAAAAAACAUUAUAAAUACCGUAAUUUAAUAUACACAACCGAAAAACAAUAUGGUUUUCAAGUCACGGGCCGUCAUCACUAUGUUCACUCUUACGGUAUUGCUAAUUGUUUUCUACUUUGAUCCCACCCAAACUGUGGAAACUGUCCUCCAAUACGACACGUGUGAAUUGUGCAUAGAAUCUCCAUGCCACAAGAGUGGCCAUGCGUGCGCCUGCGGUUCAGGCGGUAAUUCUUUAUGUUUCAAGUGUGAUAAAAGAACUCCUGACGAUGACCAACAGUUUUAUACUCAAUCUGGCUGCGAGGCGAAGUGUGCGGACAAGUCAAAGUGCACGUGUGAUUAUGCGUGUUGGGUGUGUGUGGAAAAAGGCAACCCGGCUUCAAUGCAAUGCACCCACCUGAGCACGAUGUUCGAUGAUUCUUGCAAUGUGGUUCCUUACGUACCUAAAAAGGAUAAGUAA